AUGGCCUUGCCCAAGCGGAUUAUCAAGGAGACAGAGCGCCUGAUGGCGGAGCCUGUCCCCGGUAUCAACGCAGUGCCUCAUGAAGAUAACCUGCGAUACUUUGACGUCUCGAUCCAUGGCCCCGCCCAAUCUCCCUACGAGGGUGGCAUUUUCCGGCUCGAACUCUUCCUGCCCGAUGACUAUCCGAUGACUCCCCCCAAGAUCCGCUUCCUGACCAAGAUCUACCACCCGAACAUCGACCGUCUGGGACGGAUCUGUCUGGAUGUGUUGAAGAGUGAGAACUUCCUUUUCCCCUCUCAAAGCACCAUUUCUAAUCACAACUCGGCGUUAGACAACUGGUCCCCCGCUCUCCAGAUCCGGACGAUUCUGCUGUCCAUCCAGGCACUGCUCGGAGCCCCCAACCCGGACGACCCCCUCGCCAACGAUGUCGCGCAGCGGUGGAAGGAUGAUGAGCCGGCGGCGAUCCAGACGGCCAAGGAGUGGACCCGGACGCAUGCCAUGACCUGA